AUGGCAUUCGUGCAACUGUGGGGUCAGCAAAGAACUUCGAGGAGUUGUUUGAACGACGAAGACGACUUUGGUGUUGGUGUUGAGCAACUAUGUAAUCUCCUGUUGGGUCGUAGAUCGGACUGGGGACGGUUUGUGGUUAUGUGGAAGUGGUGGCCAUUGGAUAGAGCGGGGCCUUUAGAGAGAAACCAUGAGGCUCGAGCUAUGACACCGGAUCAAAAGAAAGAAGAGCAGAUAGGAAGCGAUAAGUUGAUAGCCAAUAAAGGAUCCGCGGCCGCACAAUUCGAUCUCCUGAUAUCGCAACUCAUCUGCUCCCCGAUCUUUGCCAUUCUCGACUCCAAACAAACAGAAUACACAGAAGAGAAUUCGAGAUACUCCCCAGCAGAUCGGAAGAUCUGA